CGAUUGGGUCCUUACUGAUCGCCCUGCAGUAACACACAAAGUAGUUACAUCAUGAUUCAUGACCGAGCUUUCAAACUCACCUAUGAAGGUCUUCCUUGAUCCCAUACCCCGCAUCCUCAUCGUAUAUGAAAGCUAUGUGAGGCCGUUUCCCAUGGCAAUUUAGGAACAGUUCGUCGUAUAGACAAUUCAUCCACAUAGUACAUUCCGUUAGAUUGUUAGCGUUGAAGCCCUAUAGAAUUCAAGAUGGUUCAUCAACACGGCGACGAACAUGAUAUUCCUCAUGAGCAUCGAGUUCAUAGGCACGGUGGCUGGCUACCUGCGGAUCAUCGCCUACAACAUGAAUGGCUUAAGAAGCAAAUUGAACAUGUAGACACUGCCGGUAAAAAGGAUCUAAUACCUGUCCUCCAAGACUUCAAGAAGCUCAUUGAGGGAAAUUCGCGGAUCUACAUGUACUUCAACCAGAUGUGGGAGGAGAUCCCCCUCAAGAAGCCGUACAACAAAGACCCAACCGGCACCAAGAAGCAGAUUCGUGACUACCGACAUAUGUUGGCCGUACUCAACCACAUAUUCACACAGGCUCCCCAGUGGACUGAUGCUGCGUUUGGCGUCGGUAUGGUCGGUGUUCCGAUGGUGGGGAUAUUCGACUAUGUGAUGGCUACACCUAGUGGCCACGCCGCGUUCCUAGACCCAGAGGUCAACAAGAUGAUGAAGAAAAUCCUAAACGAAUGGGGCAAGUUCCUGAAGUCACCAAAGUCAGCCGAAGUCCUCGCAAGCCACAAGCAAGGCUGGUUCUCCGAGCACGCCGUGCAGGACCUAAUGGAAGUCGCCAACGCGCCGAUGCGAACAUCCCACCGAUUCGAGGACAUGUACGUCUGCAAUCCUGCAGCCAAAUACUACGGCUACACUUCCUGGGACGACUUCUUCACCCGCCAACUCCGCGACACCGCCCGCCCCGUCGCCUCCCCCAACGACGACAACAUAAUCGCCAAUGCCUGCGAAUCAAAAGUCUACAACGUAUCACGACAAGCCAAACUGCGCGACCGCUUCUGGAUCAAAAGCCAACCGUACUCCGUCCUCGACAUGCUAGGCCACGACCCGCUCGCCGCACAAUUCGACGGCGCAACGGUAUACCAAGCCUUCCUAUCCGCGCUCUCGUACCACCGGUGGCACUCCCCCGUAUCCGGACGCAUCGUGCGCGCCUUCGUAAAAGACGGUACGUAUUUCAGCGAGCCUCUAUUCGAGGGGCCAGCAGGCGGCUACACGAACGGGAACGGGGAAGGCGAGAUCGACGUGCGGGGGAUCAGCGUCGCGCAAGGGUACCUGACGGCGCUGGCGACGCGGGCGGUGAUCUUCAUCCAGGCGGACAACCCUGCGAUCGGGCUGAUGGCGUUCGUCGGCGUCGGCAUGGACGAGGUGAGCACGUGCGAGAUCACGGUAGGUCAGGGCCAGGCCGUGCGCAAGGGCGAGCAGCUUGGGAUGUUCCAUUUCGGCGGGUCGUCGCAUUGCUUGUUGUUCCGUGCUGGGGUGCCAGUGGAUGGGUUCCCAGCGUUGGGACGCGAGGCGAAUGUGCCGGUUAGGUCGCAGGUUGCUGUUGUUGGAGGGGCUAGGUUUUAGAGACGAGGGGAGGAAAGGGUGGGUGGGUGCGUUGUGGGCUGUGGGUUGGAGUAUUUUAUGAUGAGGUAUGAUCUGCUAUGCCGGUCUUGCGUAAAAUAGAAUGUCAAUAUUCAAAAGAAAUGAUAUAUAC